AUGACUGUUGCUGCAGUUAGUGGAAGUUCUGCUCCAGCUGCCCAAGCAUCUGCUGGUGUGAAGAAGUCAGCAAAGGCAAAGAAGGCUCCGUCUGCUCAUCCUCCUUAUGGCGAUAUGAUAAAGAAGGCGCUUAAGGAAUUGAAGGAACGUGGAGGAUCAAGCCGUCAAGCAAUUGCUAAAUAUAUCAAGGCUAACUACAAAGUUGAUGACCGAGCCGAAAGCCACUUACGUCGUGCUCUGGUUACCGGUGUAAAAUCAGGAAAACUUAUUCAUACUAAAGGAAUUGGUGCUUCUGGUUCAUUCAAGCUUGCAGAUAAGGCAGCUUCUCCAAAGAAAGUCGCAAAACCUAAGACUGCCAAACCCAAGAAAUCUCCUAAGAAGGCUGCUACCAAGAAGCCAAAGACCACCAAAGCGAAGUCAGCAUCUUCCAAUCCAAGCAAACCAGCUGCCAAAGCCAAGACAUCCAAACCAAAGACAGCUAAGCCAAAGAAGUCCACAACACCCAAGAAGCCUAAAACGGUGAAACCUAAGAAGCCAGUCGCGAAGAAGACCCCAAAGAAGGCAGCUAAGAAAUAA